ACCAGCAUUCACAAACAACAUAUGGCAAUCAGCUUGUCACGUGAAGGAAACUUAAUUUAUUCCUUCAAUUACAAGUGAUAUAUUUUUGAUAGUUUUAAAUAUUUCAAUCAUGCAAGUAUAAUGCAUUUAUGUGGUCUUUACAAUCCGCAAAACAAAUCAUCAGUAAAAAUGAAACAAAAUCUUUUUAAUUAUUCAUGACAAGCCCACCUUAUGAAUAAAAUUUAAUAAGACCUAACAAAAUGUUUACAAAAAGAAAAAUAGACCCAAAAUUGGAGAAGCUAAGAAACGAAGUACAGGGACCACCAAAUUUAGAUACAAUCAUUUUGAACAUUCAAAAAGUGUCAUCACGCAUUCACGCUGCAUAUUUAUUUGAGCAUAUAGGUAAAGCUACACUGCAGAAACUAUGCUUGCUACUGAGCUCCACAGCGACAGGAAAAAUCUACGAUGGUUGGCAAGAAUUUGCAGCACACAUGGGAUUAACAAUGGAACAGAUACAUUGCAUAGAUUAUGACUUCAAGGGUCUUCAGGAUCCAACAUACUAUGUUCUUCUGACUUAUGUCCAAUCUCCGGAAGCAACAAUGGACAAAAUUUUUAAUGCUUUGCAAAAGAUGCAACGGUUUGAUGUAAUAAAUCAAAUUAAGGAUUAUGUGUAUGAUCUAGUCGAUGUUCUAUCACAAUGUGCCAAUGAAGGAUCCGAAAUAAUUCAACCUGGAUAUGUACCAAAAGCACCAUUAGUUCUGAGUCCUAUUUUAAUAACAAGAGAAUGCAAAAGAAUCGGAACAAAAGAAAAUGCAUUAAGAUCUACACCAAAAGAUAUUCAGCAAAAGCAUACUAAACAAAGAUAUGGCUGCAUAGUUAUGCUAACUUUUGCGGACGAUGGUUUAUCAACCGCGGAAUGUAUCGCAAAGAUAUUUAGAUCCAAGCAACCUCGAAUCGGCGUGCUUAUAUUGCAAGAGCAAGAGAAAGGCGUUUACAGUCGAGCUGAAGAAUUUAUAGAUGAUUGCUUUAAACAGGUUGAUUAUAUUAUACCAAUAUUAACAAGAGGAUACAUUGAAAGAAUAAAUAAUCUUACAAAAACAUAUGAACAGAUAUAUAAUAAUUUGGAUGAAAAAUACUUGAAAUACAUAUAUUCCUUGUUGAGGUACGAAUACGUGAAAAAUCAAUGUUGCAACAAUCGCGUAAGAUGUAUCGUGCCCGAUAAGGAUGUUUAUACGGUCGUACGUGCAAAUCUACAUCCCACAUUACAAGCAUGGUUUCGCGAAAGUGAUAUUGACGCUUUUGUUAACAAUAUUCUCUUCCAUAAAUUUUGAUAUGAAAAUUGACGAAAGUGCUUAGAAUGUAAUAAAAAUUUUACAAGUGACUCUUAAUUAUUCAUACUUUUGUAACACAUCUCAUAUAGUAUUACGGUAAUGUUGAUAUUUUUAUAUUAACAAAAAAUAAAAGAACAUUGUGUUUAUCUCUUUAA